GUGGGUUGCUGGAGAAGUACGGAGAGCGAUCAGUAUAGCUAAGAGGGGAACUAAUAACAGCGGGCGAGAGUGUCGACCAGGACGGUAAAUAGCUGUACGCGUGAGACGCAACAGGUGUUGCGCCGACUUCUGCCUCGCCGCCGAGAAUUGUACGCACCUCGCCGGAGCGCGCCCGGCUAGAGGGGACGCCGCCAGCCAGCCGAAGAAGUGCCUAAAAACGAUCAAAACCCUUUUCAAGCUGAGAAAGGACCCGAGGGCUCUAGUUUUUGAACGUUUAGAGUCAUCCAUGUUUUAUUACUGGGUAAUAGUAGCGUAGGCAAGACGGAGAUGGCUUGGGCAUGUGUGGAGGAGAGAUGCUGGGUAUAUUGGGAGGAAGGAUGCUGAAUGUGGAGCUGCCGGGGGGAAGAGGAGAAGAGGAAGGCUAGAGAGGACCACUCAUCAAUGCGUUAGAAAUGCUAUUCAGAGAGACGUUGCUUCUCAACCUGCAGCCGUUUUCUACUGGAAUAAUGUUUAUCACGACAUAGAUUGGAGGGACGCUUGGAUUGUAUCACGGAAAUAUUGCAUUACAAAUAAGUGAAUUCCUGGAAUAAAGAUCAAAAUGUCCUUUUCAAGAAUGUCCAGUCUCCCUCCUGUGAGGCUGCUGGGCUCCUUGCACCAGCAGCAGCUCCCAGGCCCCACAACCUUUCCCGUAUGCAUGCCAAGGAGGGCCAUGGGGGGAUACAGGCGGCCGGGCCAGCCCAAAGACAAUACCCCUCCAUGGAAGAAAAUCAACUUUGACUUCUCAAAAGGUGUGGCGGGGAUCAAAAAGCACUUUACGCUGCUGAAAACGGAGUUUUUCGACCGCUUGGCCGGUCCUGAUGGCAAACCCCUUAUGGAAUUCAUGUUGGAGCAGAAUCGAGUGAUCUGGGAGUUCAGAGGGCCGGAGAGCUUGGAGCAGUGGACUGUAUCCUCUGAUCGGGAGAUUGGAGGCCAGAGUGAGGCCUACGUGAAGCUUGGAAAAAACAACACCUGCUUUCUGUAUGGAACCCUGUGCUCCACGCCGCCACGGGAUGGGGAAACCCGCUACAGUGGCUACUGCACACUACGCUCCAAGCCACCACUGUCCUCAUUUGACAGGAAGAAGCACCUCGAUUGGACCACUUUCAACACCCUGCAUUUGCGUGUGCGUGGUGAUGGCCGCCCGUGGAUGAUCAACAUCGCAACAGAAAAUUACUAUUCCCACCAGAAAGAUGAUGUUUACAGUUACUUCCUGUACACCAGGGGAGGACCCUUCUGGCAAGAUGUCAAGAUCCCAUUCUCAAAGUUCUUCCUUGCACAUCGUGGGAGAAUACAAGACAAUCAGCAUUCUCUCUGGCUGGACAAGGUAAACGCGAUUGGCUUCACCUUGGGGGAUAAAGCAGACGGCCCGUUUCAACUGGAGAUCGAUUUCAUUGGCAUCCGGAGAGAUUACGCGCACAUAGAGGAGUUUGCGUAUGAGCUGUACAAGAGGAAUCCCGAAGUCUGAGAAGUGACGCCCGCACCCGUUCGGAGACCGCCGCUCUCUCAGCCCUAGGAGCGGCGUUACGUUAAACACUUGGCCGAAGUCGAAGAGUCUCGAUCCGUCUCGAAGAGGACCUGCACGCUGAAGAUGGGACAGACGAACACAGCAUCUGGUUGGACCAGUAGGAUAUCGUACAACGCAAAUACACAACUUUAUUAAUCCUGCUAGGGGCAAUUUGUUUGGAGAAGCUUGUGAACACAAAAACACAAGUCACAUGCAAACAAACAAAUUAACACCCCGGGCAGCUAAAUGUGGAACAACAUCUAUAAAAGUACGCCGUACGAAACACAACAAAGACAAUAAAACAAUCUGAUUAAAACAUUAUGGAGCAUUUAGUAACGGAGCUGCAACAGGUAUGAAUGAUUUAGAAUAACGGUUGGUUUCACAAACGGGUAAAACACGACAAAACGCCCUGACGGCAACAGAGAACGUUCGCUUGCUAGAACACGUCCGGAAGAAGCCCAAAUACUUGCUGCCCUCCGGAGGAUUUGCCGGUUGCAAAAAGAAUUCAGAUCUCUGUGUUUCACCCCGGUGAUCUUGGAACAGCUUUUAACAGCUGUUCAGGCCGUUUCCGUCUUUCACCGGGAGGCUGUGAAACCAGCGGAUCAGUCGGAAGAGUCUCGACAAAAGCGGCAGGAUGACGGGACUGACAGAUAGGGACUUUAGUUUGUGCAGAAGGGGAAUUCUGUUGCCCCCGUUUCACAAUAGCCCCAGUGUCCAUCCAUCCAUUAUCCGAGCCACUUAUCCCAAUUGGGGUCGCGGGAUGCUGGAGCCUAUCCCAGCAGUCAUUGGGCGGCAGGCGGGGAGACACCCUGGAGGGGCCGCCACAUUCACACCUAGGGACAAUUUAGUACGGCCGAUUCACCUGACCUACACAUCUUUGGACUGGGAGGACAUGCAAACCCCACACAGAGGACGACCCCCAAGGUUGGACUACCCUGGGGUUCGAACCCAGGACCUUCUCCACCGCGCUAACCACUGCGCCACUGUGCUGCCCAGCCUCAGCACACCGAAUUGAGGGCGAUCGUCGAUGAUGGUGCCCAAAUAUUUGUAUGAUGUAACCGUUUCCACACUUCCAUUAUGUAUGACGCACUCUGGCUGCAUCUGUUAUGUCUGAAAUCAACAACCACCUCCUUGGUUUCAUAUCAUAUAUGGAGAUAUACCUUACAUGAGUGAUGUAUGUACUGUGACACUUUUAAACAAGGGUUCGUUUUAUUUUAUUUUUUGUUGAAAGAUACAAUGGAAAACUAUAGUCACCGGCCACUGAAAUAGGGCAAUGAGUCAUCCAACUGAACAUAUAGUUAUUGGAAUAAAGGAGGAUGGUGACGUGCUACAUGUUAAAGCUUCUACAUGUUUAGGCAGCAGCGCUAACAGCAAGAAAUAUUAAAGAUGAAACAGAGAAAACAAACCGAGAAGCAAGCUUUUCUUGACAACAUGAACAGUAUAAAAGCUGAAGUUUACAACAGUGGGGCUAUUUACAGUAACGGGCUGUACAGGCUUCCAGACGCGGGAGCACGUUUAUGUCAUGAGAAGACCUCUUCUCGCCCCCAGCAUACGCUCCUUCUUCUGCUUCCUCCCAUCCAGGUGCGUCGCUCUCCUUUCCUCCCUGUAA